GGUUCCUGGAGGCCCCUGGAGGCCCCCGGUGGCCCCUGGUGGCCCCCGGUGGCUCCUGGUGGUUCCUGGAGGCCCCUCGUGGCUCGAGACAAACGCCACAGCACUUGUUGAAAUAGAAAUAGAUGGUGGUACUCAGCACUGGUUAGUCGGUCCAGAUGUCGGAGGACCAGCGGCACCAGCGGUCCGAAGCCUCCCGGCGGGGGGAGAGCAGUCUGGAGGCGGGGGAGGGCGACACGGAGCCCAGCCUGAUGCUGCAGAAACUCAAGAGCAACAUCUCGAAGAGUGUUCAGACCAAAGUGGAUCAGAUCCUGCAAGACGUUCAACGUUUCUCCGACAAUGACAAACUGUACCUGUACCUCCAGCUGCCCUCGGGACCAAGCUCCGGGGAGAAGAGUGGUGGUGACUCCGGUUCGUUCAACACAGCCGACCAGCUUCACACCUGUAAUUGGAUCCGCAGUCACCUGGAGGAGCAUUCAGACACCUGUCUGCCCAAACAGGACGUCUACGAGACAUACAAGAGAUACUGUGAGAACCUGCAGCAUCGCCCUCUGAGCGCUGCCAACUUCGGGAAGAUCAUCAGAGACAUUUUUCCAAACAUCAAGGCCCGACGACUCGGAGGCAGAGGACAGUCCAAGUACUGUUACAGUGGCAUCAGGAGGAAGACGGUCCUCAACAUGCCUCUACUGCCCAACCUGGACCUAAAGAACGACCCGGCCGAGCUCACCGAGUUGGUGCAGACGUACAAACAGGAAGUGACAGAGGCGGCGUGCGAGCUGAUCUGCGACUGGGCUCAGAAAAUCCUGAAGCGUUCGUUCGACACGGUGGUGGAGAUCGCACGCUACCUCAUCCAGGAGCACAUCGUCAACCCUCGCUGCAGCCAGGCCGAGCUGGUGACCUCCGCGGCGCUCGCAGGAGGUCCGGCCAAACCCCACAAGGUCAUCAAGAAAACACCCGUCAUCUCUAAAGCGGACGGCGACGGCGCCGCCGACCAGAAGAGGGAACUCGGAGACUCUUCCUCCUCGUCUUCACUGAAGCCGCCGUCUGGUGACAAAUCAGCCGCAGCAGCCAAACCUUCCUCGCUGGACGCGCCGAAUCCACCAUCCUCCUCCUCCUCCUCCUCCUCCGCUCUGCGCCCUGCGGUGGAAGCCUUCAUGAAGCAGUUACCCAGAAUCCUCCCUCGGAGCUCCAUCCCCGAUAAGGCCCAGCUCUCAGUGCGAUCCUCUCCGCCCUCGCUGGCCCCCAAAGACGCCUCGGGUGUCGGGGGGCGUCCGGAACCCGGAGGCCCGGCCGCCGCCGCCGCCGCCAGCGGGGGUGGGGUGAAGGUCAUCGCCAUGGCGACGCUGCCCCAGCAGCAGGGCGGGCCGGUCCCGGUGAUGAUCCUGCCUCAGCGCUGUCUGUCGUACGAGAGGGAGAAGGUCGCCCCGCCACCGCAGCCUCCCCCCCAGCAGCAGCACGCCCCCGCAGCCCCCACCUCCGUGGUCCAGAAAGCGCGAGGGAACGCCAGCAAGCGCCCCCUGGAGGUGACGUCCGGCGGCACUGUGGGCGUGUCCAGUGGCUCGGCCGCCAACGCUCCUCCAGUGAAACGGAAACGUGGACGACCGAGAAAACCUCGGCCAGAGGACGCCUUGUCUCCUCCUCCUCCUCCUGCUGCUCUUCCUCCCCAGCCUCCCCCGCCGGCGCCUCCCUCCCACCCUCCUAUCAUCACCUCUUUGACCGGCGGCGUCAUCCAGAAAGCCUCCUCCUCUUCCUCCUCUUCCUCCACGCAGCCCGUGCUGGAGCUUGUGAUCCAGGACCAGCCAGGACUGGUUCUGAGCCCGCUGCCGGCGGUGUCGGACCCGGCUCACCGGCUGAUGGAGCACCGCGGGGUGGUGGUCCAGUGUCAGCCGGGCGGGGCGGUUGAGACGGACCGCCACAGCCGGCCACCGCUGCUGCUGCUCCAGAGUCCGGGGAACCCCAGCUGGGAGCUGGCGGCGUCCCAACGGACCCCCAUGGUGGAGGUCAUCCAGAAAGCUCCGAGACCGAGCAAUAACAACAGCAGCGUCGCUCCUCUUCCAGCAGCACAACUUCACCCUCCUCCUCCUCCUCUUCCUCUGCCCAUGAUGCACGAGGAGCAGGGAGAGGUGGAGAUAACGUUGACGCCGGUGGAGCUGCCCGUCAGCCCGCUGCCUUCCACCUCUUCUUCUACUGCUGCUCCGGCCUCCUCUUCCUCCGCCUCCUCCGUCACUGCGACGCAGAGCGAGGAGGAGGCGGCGGAGGAGAGCAGCACCUCCUCAAAGAGAGAGGGACACUAGUGCUCAUCACUCUUCUUCUUCCUCAUCUUUUUUAUGAGCCCACCUCCCUCGCUCAGCUUUUACCUCACUGCAACAAAGCCCCGCCCCCCUCCCCUCCCCUCUUCCUCAUUGGUGGAAAUCCCCGAUUGGUGUCAGCAGAGAGCCAAUCACAGGAGGAUAAAUGAAGCCAAAAACCUUGACUGUCCUUCCAUCGGCUCCCAUUGCACUUGUAAACAGACUGGACGCUUUUAGAAACCUGUGAUUCUUUAACUGCAUGUCUGUCUGUCUGUCUGUCUGUCUGUGGCUGGAACCAGAAGAGCGACUCCUCCGGUGGCCCGAGCCUGAAAUCAAACCUGACUCUCUUCCCUUCUUCCUCGCCGUCCUCUCACUCUGCGCUGAGGUUUCGGUCGUCCGCCGCGUCGCUUCCGCCGCUUCAGAUCAUCAAGAAAAAACCCACAGAUAAAAUAAGAGAGUGAUAUAAAGGAGGGAGGAUGAAAGGACAGAGGGGAGGAGGGUUCAGUAGUUCAGCCUGAAGUGGGUCGAUAGGUACUACGGGUCAGAGCCUUGUGAAGGUUCUCUGUGCUACAAAAUGACCUCGAUUCACCUUCAGUUCGUGGAAAUGUAGAUUUUAGGAUGCUGAAAGCUUUUCUCAAAGCUGCAAUAAAAAUGUCCUUGAAAGGUUUUAGAAAGUGACGGUGAGGACGAAGUUAUGAUGGACGGACGCUCUGCUCUGUUCUGAACAGCUUUGGUUAGUUUGUAGUGUUUCUGUCAGUCAGUAGCUGUGUGUGUGUGUGUGUGUGUGAGAGAGACAGGGAAGGACGUGGCUCAUAACUCACAGCUUGUCUGCACGUGGCGCCGCGAUCCUGUGGCGCCGACUGCAGAUGGAGGGCGGGAGGCGAUAAGCACCGUCGCGAACUCUCAAAAGUUAUUGACGGUUGCUCAAAUCGAUCAGACCGAUGCAAGACAUUUCUUAUUGAUCCUCUGUGGAUGCGCAGCAGCAAACGAGUCUGUGAGUGCUCUCUUCAGAGACACCAGACUCCUUCAAUAAAAACAACAGAGUUUCUGCCUCGAUGCGCAGCGACCACCGUUACUUCAGAUUUCAAAUGAACUUGAUAAAUCACCAAAGACACAGAAUAACAGAAACUCCUGUGACCUGUGAGGUAAAAGCCCUGUUUUUAUUAAAGGAGUCUGGUGGCUUUGAGGGAGCAAAAUAAUGACUUCAGUUCAGAAACUGUUUCAGUCCGACGUCUGUUUGUACCUUAAAACGAACGCAGCACGAACUGUUCCUCCGUCUGAAUGUCACCCGUCUGUGGAACGACUGCAAACAAGCUGUUGGACAGAAGUAUUGAUGAGCCUUGUUCAUCUUAAGUUGAAUUAUUUAUUUAUCCUAGUUGGUCGAGGUUAGUGAGACUCGUUUUUUAUUAUAUUUGGUCACGAAAUUGUUUAAAAUUGAUCAGAAACACAUAAACACCUCAUGUCGGGUGCGAGACUGUGGUGGGUUUGUGGCGCUGGGUAUCAGUAGGAAUGUUUCUGAUGCCAUAUUACUACCAGGUCUGGAUCUGGUUCCAGUAUAGCUUGAAUCUUCAAUAACGAAUUGGAAACAGGCCGCUCCAGAGUGAGAGUUUCUGCCACUAGAUCAUCCACACAGGAACUCCUCCUCCUCCCCGAAACCAAUGCUGAUUUAAACCACUAAAAACACUGAAUAAAUCCGUUCCACCUUAAAAAUCAAUCAGGUCAUUGAUUAGAGGAAGAAGCUCCACACUGUGACCUCAGUAGCCUUCGAGAGAGCAACAACUACAACUCUUAUCAAUUACUUUUGACUUGUUAUAUAUCAUAUAUGUAUCACAGCGAUGUGAUCAGUUGAGAAAACAAAAAGGGAACAGAUACUUCUCAAAUGUUAACACAGGAACUUUGGUGUAAGUCUGAAACUGAUACCCAGCCCUUCCGACCACACUGAGACGUAUUUAAGACGUAAUGUUUCUUUUUCAUCAUCUCAACUAUUUUACCCUGACUUCUCUCGACGCUCGUGAGACUGACAUUAGCACUUACUGUGCCUCCAGCAGAGCUCGCUGGGACACGGACGCCACUGAAGAAAUUACGCGUUUAAUCGCCGCCACAGAAACACGAGUAGAAGUUCGUCCUUUUCCUGUUUGUAGAAAAUGGCGUCAGCUCAGGCACAAAGAGCAAAGCACAAAGUUAGCUGCCACGUAGCGCUAAAGAGAUGCAGUAACACGUAUUAAUGAGGGAUUCUGUAGCACUGAAGUUUAGUCAUGAUCAGCCUGCUAGCCGGCUUAGCUGUUGUUGCCAUGCGUCCUUUGCACUAACUCUCCGACCGCCUCUUAUUGAUCCCCACUGAAGCACUGUAUGGAUCAGCAAUGUGACAAAACCUUCUACAUUAAAGUGUUCAGCUGGGUUUCAGACCACAGUCGAAAGAACCGAUUGACUGUUCCUGUUAAUCAAUACAGACACUUAAAGCUUCACACUCCACAUCCAAAGUUUAGUCAUUGUAAUUGGUUUUCAGUUAUUUGAUUGAUCGGCAGUAAAUGUCGAUCAGUAAGCUCAAGGUGUCCUCACGUCAGUCAGAAAGCCAAAGAUCUUUGGUUCACGAUCACAUCAGACGGGAAAGCAUAAAAAUAAUUGAAUCGACUAUCAGAAUAGUUUCUGAUUGACUAUCGAUAUACUUAUUGAUCAAUCAGCUGUUUCAGUUUUUGGGUGUUAAAUCGUUUUAAGAAGAUUUAAAUAAAGUUAAAGUUUCAGAAUCUGCUGUAAAAUAAAGUUUCCUCCUGAUUCAAACAAAAAACCCAGUUUGUGUUUUGGUUCGAUCCUCCGUUGCCGUGGUGAUGUCACAUUGCUGACGCUCGUUCUUCACCGCUGCCAAACUGCCUCUCGCUCCGUGUGAGGGCGUCUUCUUCUUCAUCGUUGGUGCUACAAACCGCAGGGCUCGGCGCCGCCGUCGACCUUCGCUGUUUUCCAUCCUGUGAUCACAAAUUUGUACAAAAACCUUUUUCUGUCGACGCUCAAGGUGUGAGUACAGGUGUGUGUGUGUGUGUUCUUGUUUCCCUCCGUCCUGUGACAACGAGAGCUUCAGGUCGGUCAAAGGGACGCCGAAACACUUAAUGACUGUUAAUACUGAGUUUAAGGUGUGCGGCCCGGCUCACGCGCUCGCUGCUACAGCCCCGCCCCUCGUGUGUAAUUAAAACAAGCACUUAUGAUGCUCAUAUGUUCUUUGUAUCACUACGGUGACGUGCCAAAAGAUUCCCCCCCGGUGGAAGCUCGACCGUCUGGGCCUCCCUUUAACCGCCGAGCCUCAGCCCCGUUCACUCAGAACUGAACCUGAUGAAAAGUUGCACUGUUAAAAAACAAGAGAAGGUUUCUCGUAUGUUAUGAAUUUAUUGUUAUAUGCAUUGAGAAAAUACAUUGACACGUAUUUAUGGGUGAUGUGUCGUUCUGCUUUCUGCUCGCACUCCGCUAGAGACCGACUGAACGGUGCCAGAUUUAUUUUUUAAUGCAAAAACUUCAGAAUAAUAAUUCUUGUUUAAAUUGUUGAGUAAAGAGUUUAACAGUAUGAAUAAAGAGGGAAACACGUUAAAGUUGCAGUAACUGGAGGGAUCGGAGACGGUUUAAAGCAACAUUUCACUUGAUGGGCGACAAGAAGCACUUCUGUAAAGACCUCAGAGACCUGGACUCGAGUCACGACUCCAGGGACUCGAGACUCGAUAAAGUCGUAGAUAGCAGCUUUACUUUGGACUCGAUUUCCUCCCUGAUCCCAAAAGAUAAAGUGUAGGUUAGAAAACAGCAUCGAAUCAGGACACCUGGAGUCACACAGAGGACUUGGAUAUUUGUAUUUGUUGGUGUUGACUUGGGACAUGAUCUUACUCGGGACUUGUUCUUGACUUGUGACUCUGUUAUUAACUCAUUGUCAUUUUCAGCCCCAUAGCAAAGUGAAAUGUUGCUUUCAGGGUCUUGUUGGGAAUCCAGAGUCGAUGCUGCUGUGUUUCCUCUACUGGACCUGCUGGACCAAACUGGACCAAACUGGGCAAAUUGGAAAUGUGGAAUAAGUUUGGAAAAGUUCUGGACUCUGGAUGUGAAAGAGGUUUCCCUGUAUGUCCGUGAUGAGUUUGUCUCUUAACUGGGCGAACUGGGAAUUCCUUCACUCGCUGUAGAUGUUUGUAAGGAGACUGAAAGAUGAGCGACACUGUGGACGACUCAGAGUAAGUAAACGGGUCCACUGGUCCCGAAUAGAGAAACUGGAUGUGUGAAGAAAGUGUGUGAAAGUCAAAAACUACAAGCUGGAAAUUAUUGCAGGAAGACCCAGUUUGACCCUUUAACUGGAGUCACUGUCGGACAAUGUCCAUGAGAAGUCAAAGGGCAGGAAGGCCCAGUUUGGACCAGUUUGGACCAGUUGGGACCAGUUUGGACCAGUUUGGAACAGACCUGCAUCAGGGACAUCGGGUUUGAAGGUGGAGCGGGAAUCUUUCACUGUGGAGCCGCGUUGCUCAAAACAAAACCAGAAACGGGUCAGAUAAUCAAAGACUAAAGGAUCGGGAUUCGGGUAGCGGUGCGUUGACCGCAAAGGAUCAGACUCGAUGACACAACAUCCUCUGAUGUCACUUCCUGUCUGUGGUGUUAUAUAGCUCGUUUGCACAUGAGGUCAUUCGCCUGCAGGUGGAGGACAGGAAGUGAAACAAACUACGGUUGCUCAACUCGAUCCAACCCAGAAACCACGAGGAAAACUGCUGCCGAGUUCCUCUGUGGAAGCGGCGGCAGCACAACGCAGCCGAUGUGAACACAUCUGCUUAACAUCAGUUUAAGUUGUGCUAUAUUUAGAAGCCGUUAUAUCCUCGUAACGUCACAGCCACCAGACUCCAGUCAUAAAAACAGUGAUUUUACUUUGCAGAAGAGUUUCUGGUGAACCUCUACCUCGAUCUCCUCUGAGUCACACAACGACACAAACAAACUAAAAGUCUUUUCAAACGGGAGCGAGUCUCCACCCGCGAACUCGCUCGGAUCUGCGAGUAACCAUGGAAACAGCUUCUGUACUGACAAUCGGUGGCAAUCCUUGUUUUUGAUGUCAAACAGAGACUGUUAUUGUAGAUAGCUGAAGUUAGUCUAUGUAGCAUUAUCAUCACUUUAUAGCCUGGCUUAAGUUCAAACUGAAACUACCUGAUGAAUCCAGUUCAGGUUAUCUGUUGUCAGUGGUUACCGUAGGAACGACUUCACCGCUUUCACUUCCUGCCCUCCAGCUGAACUUCACUGACUGCAAACAAGCUUUUUAAUUGUUUGACCUCGUGACCCCCACAGCUACAGUGACCCUCAGGUGACUCGUCAGAGGGAACUACAUUUAUAUUCUCCCCCCCCCCCCCAGGCCCCUUCUGCUCUGACUGUUGGGGAGUCUCUGACAUCACCUGAGGGUCAUUCAGGUCGCGUGACGGUCGUUAAAUCCACGAGACCCUCACGUGACCUGAGUGGUGACGACGACCUGCGAACAACCCGGAACAAACGUCUCACGAAAACUCUUAAAUUCGCUCUAACGCGAGUGGAGUCUGGUGAGCGGGUUUGAAGGUGAGUCGACAGUUCAAGAGACGUUAGUGUGACGGAGCUGAUCCUGGUCAAACGCCGCAGUCAUUGUGACGAUGAUGAUGGUGAUGGUGAUGAUGGUGAUGAUGAUGUUGAACUCCCAGUUUAAACUCAAAGUAGCCCUGUUUCCUGUCAGAGACCCACUCAGAGUUUUUAUGGUUCAACAGUGAUAGAGAGGAUUCUUUACUCUUUUUUUUGCCCUGAGUGAAGCCUUCCAGGCAUUGCUACCGCUCAGGCUCAGGAACUCUGGGUAAUGAAGUCCUCUCAGGCUCAGGAACUCUGGGUAAUGAAGUCCUGAGUGAACCUGAGUGGGACUCUGACGUCAGACAGCAACAUGUGGAGCUUCGUGCCGCUUUCUGUUGUUUUUACUGAAUCUGAGAGUUUCUCUUAUUUAAUUUCUGUUUUUGUUGUCUGUCGUUGCUGCUUCCGUACAGAUGUACAGCUCGUUGAUGUGCAGAUUUUAUUAUUAUUACUGUUGCUAUGAAGAUCUUUUAAAAAUAUCUUUUCUUUGUGGAAGACGCUGCUGGCUUCCUGCAUGGUUUUCCUGUGACUGUUUGUAUAUUAUUAACGUUAAACGUUUGUUUUUCUUCCCUGUAACUCGCUGGCUUUUGUAAUUUUUUGCACUUUUCUCUUAUAAAUAAAUGUUGAAGGUCGGGUGGGGGGGGGUCGACAUCGGUCCAUAAAAACAAAAAAGAAACCAAUAACCUUCCCUGUUUGCCCUUCAGUUUGGAAACAACAAUAAUCAGUGAAAUGCACCUUUACCUGUGUGAGUUGUUGCUCCGCCCCGCUUUGUUUUUCUGGAGCCGGUUUUGUUUGUUUGUUUGUUUGUUUGUUUGUUGUGAAGAGAAACAGAAAAGUGAUGGAGGACAGAACAUUAAUGUGAAUCUAUUUUCCUACACUGACUGACUGGAAUAAAGGAAGUGACGUUCACUGGCAGAAAACAA